GCCGACAGAUCCGCUAGAUUGCUAUUCGUUUCUUCUAUUUAAAAGGGUCCAGGGAAACGGACCGCAACUGUAGGCUGCAAAUAUGGCGGAGUUGCGGUACAUUCUUCUAGCGUUAGCCGCCGUUGCGUCAAUGGUAGGUGCUGCCUCCCAGAACUUCAAUGAACGCGACGACCAACCAAAGCUCUGGGCCCUCCUCGUGGCUGGUUCAAACGGCUUCUAUAACUACCGGCACCAGGCCGACAUCUGCCAUGCCUACCACGUGCUGCACAACCAUGGCAUUCCCGACGAACGUAUUGUGGUCAUGAUGUACGAUGACAUCGCCAAUGCUACUGAAAACCCAACGCCAGGAGUGAUCAUCAAUCACCCUCAGGGUAAAGAUGUUUACCAGGGCGUCCCUAAGGACUACACGGGAGACACGGUCACCCCACAGAACUUUCUCGACAUUCUCGAAGGAAAGAAGGUCAAAGGUGGCAGCGCAAAAGUUAUAGCCAGUGGGCCAAACGACCACAUCUUUGUAAACUUCGCGGAUCAUGGAGCGCCCGGUCUUAUCGCUUUUCCGAACGAAGACCUUCACGCCAAGCCAUUCAUGAAAGUCAUCAAAAGAAUGAACAAGCAGAAGAAGUUUGCAAAGAUGACCAUCUACAUCGAGGCCUGUGAAUCCGGCUCAAUGUUCGACGGCCUCCUCCCUGGCAACGUCAACGUGUACGCCACGACCGCGGCCAACCCUGACGAGUCUUCGUACGCUUGCUAUUGGGACGACAAGAGGCAGACAUACCUGGGUGACGUGUACAGCGUGAACUGGAUGGAAGAUUCUGACAAGGAAGACCUACACAAGGAGACGCUCAUCGACCAGUUCAACAUAGUAAAAGAGGAAACAAACACCAGUCACGUCAUGGAGUAUGGUGAUUUAAGCAUCGGAAAGCUUUCAGUCAGUGAAUUCCAGGGCGAAAAUGAGGCAAAGCCAGUCGUGCUACCAAAGGUACCGUAUGACGCCGUCUCCAGCAGGGACGUCCCUAUUGCUAUUCUGAGGAAGAAACUCGCAAGUGCGGUCAAGCCUCAUGAAAAAAAGUCUUUGAAGAGAGAGCUGUUGCAAGCUCUUAAGAACCGAUCAUUCCUGAAGAAUAAAGUCGCUGAGAUCACCUCUUUUCUGGCUCAGCUUAACCCCGUAGACGGGGAAUCGUUGCUCACUUCAAGGAGGCGGCUAACCAACUUCGACUGUUACGAGAAGACAGUACGCCACUUUAGUGAUCGGUGCUUCAAUCUUUCGAAGAACCCCUACGCUCUUGGGCAUCUGUGGGUUUUGGUGAACAUAUGUGAGUCAUCAUACAAUUUUCCGCAGAUUGCUGAAGCUAUGGACUCCGUAUGCACGCACGCAACCACAGUAGGUAUUAUGUAAAAGAACUUUUUUUAAAGUCUAUAGAUGCGCAUGAGGUGCAGCCUCUCUCUGUAUGUGAUUCUAAAGGGUUUUUAAGAGAUGGUGAGAACUUGUCAUUAUCAUAUUGCUUAAUGUGGCAUACUUUACUGUGUCCUCCACACUGUGUGACAUACAAUAAACAUUGUCCUUAAUGAUUACCU